AACAAGAGGAAUCUGUGGUGGCUAAAUGUUCAAAUAUCAUUGACUUUGAUCACGCUUAGACCCUACCCAACAUUAUCCAUCAGUAACUAGGUGAGAAUGAAAGAUUGGGGUCACACUGGCUGCAGGCUAUGCUCAAGCGCGUUGCUUACUCGUUAGGCCUGGUGGAGAAGAAUGAUAAAGAUCCCAGAAGAAAGAGCCAGCUGAGAGGAACUAAGGCAUCCCCAGACUACAGCUUUCAAAAAUCAAAUGAUAUUUUUGUGAGGAUAGUUCAUGGAGGUGGAAAACAAGAGCUGUAUCAAGAUGCAAUCCUUGCAUCCAAGUUGAUGGAAAAAUAUCCUGGCAUGUGUGUUGCCCGGCCAGAAGUCUUCAAAAAUCCUCACCAGUCAGUGUUGUGGCCAGAAGAGCGUUUGCUUCCUGGUAAAAAAUAUAUUAUAAUCUCGUUUCGAGAUGUGGGGAAGCUGAAACGUAAACUUUCAGAGGAAGGCAAAAUCAGAGAGCCUAAUGGGGUGGCUCCAGAGUUACUGAAAGUGAAUAUCACCAAGUCUCCAAAGGGACAUAGCAGAGAAAAUGGUAAAUCCGAAGUUCACAAUGAGGUAGGACAAGAGGAGUUCGAGGCCAAGACUUCCUUGUCUCCUGGUGGACGCAAAACAGAAGAGAACAGAAAAAUCAAAAUUGUAUUGGACGCAAACGCAAAACAGUCUCUUGAUGAUGGAUCUGAAAAUGAACCUGUCUGCUCUUCAGAGGGCUUACACGGGUCCUGGGAUAAGCGAUAUCCAAGACGAAAAGGAAUAAAAGGAAAGAAGCCUUUUGUGCCACCUCUUCCAAGGGUAAGACCAUAUCGGAUUUCGGGAUGGCAACCCAGCCUCCCAAGUGUGCCAGAGCUCUCCCCGUGA